GAGGAAUGACGUUGCUGCUGGAUUGGUUUGUUUGGUCGCAGCCUCGAGUCGCAGCGCCGCCGCUUGCUCCAGACCUUGGUAUCGCUGCCUGCCCAUACAGCCGCCGCCGCCGCUGCUCACUCACUAGGCUACCGAAGGCGGCUAGCAGCCUCCACACCCCUCCACGACCCACGCGAAUGGGGCUUAUCAACAUCUCUAGUCGGCCAAGUUUACCGCGUGUGUUGUGAUUAAUAUUGUUUUGACAACAACGCAUCUAUGACAUGAUGACGAGGCUGUGUUUGUACGUGGUAUGCGCUCAAAUUCCACUGUUUCGGGCUAGUUCCGAGUGUGAGGCAUAGCAGCUAGUGUCGUCGUAGGGGCGGUGGGUCAUGGAGAAAAAUCCCAAGUAACGUCCGAGGAACUGCCACUCGAUACGUAAACAAACUGGACACAGUCUGACAUAAUCGGUGGUGUCUGGUCGUGACCACGGGACCAACAUGGCAGGGGUUUGCAGUAGCGUCGUUACGCCGGGCAUGGGCGAAAUUAUCCAGCUAAACGUUGGCGGAACGAGGUUCAGCACUUCCAGGCAGACACUCAUGUGGAUUCCAGACUCUUUCUUCUCAAGCUUGCUCAGUGGCAGAAUCUCAACCCUGAGGGACGAAACUGGAGCUAUAUUUAUUGACAGGGACCCGACAGCGUUUGCACCAAUUCUCAACUUCCUUCGCACAAAAGAGCUGGACUUCCGGGGGGUGAACAUCAGUGUACUGCGGCAUGAGGCUGAGUUUUAUGGCAUAACUCCAUUAGUGCGGCGACUGUUGCUGUGUGAGGAACUGGAACGCUCGUCGUGUGGUAGUGUGCUGUUCCACGGAUACCUGCCACCCCCUGCGUUCCCGGUACGUAAGAACAGUGGGGGUUCGUCGGCGGCAGCUGCUGGUUCCUCAGAGGAACGUGUGGGAGCAGGAGCUGGGACAGGGGCAGGGGCAGGAGCUGGGGUGGGAGCUGGGGCAGGAGCUGGAGCUGGAGCUGGGGCAGGGGCAGGGGCAGGGGGUGCAGAGGGGGGGUUCCCCAGACCCUCCAGGCACGCUGGCCUGCCCGGACCCCCCACAGGAGCCGAUCCGCCACAGAGAUUAGGCUUCCCUGUGGACCCCAGGAAGGUGCUGAUCGUGGCGGGCCACCAUAACUGGAUCGUGGUUGCCUACGCACACUUUGUCAUCUGCUACAGGAUCAAGGAGUCUUCGGGUUGGCAGCAGGUGUUCUGCAGCCCCUACCUGGACUGGCCAAUCGAGCGCGUGGCUCUGAACGCCAAGGUGGUGGGCGGGCCCCACGGGGACAAGGACAAGAUGGUGGCCGCCGCCUCUCACAGCAGCAUCAUACUCUGGAGCAUACAGGACGGCGGCAACGGAAACGAAAUAGGUGUGUUUAGCCUGGGUGUGCCUGUGGACAACCUGUUCUUCAUCGGUUCUCAGCUGGUGGCCACCAGUCACACGGGGAAAGUGGGAGUCUGGAACGCCGUCACGCAACACUGGCAGGUGCAGGACGUGGUUCCCAUCACCAGUUGUGACACGGCCGGCUCCUUUCUCCUCCUGGGCUGCAGCAACGGCUCCAUAUACUACAUAGACAUGCAGAAGUUUCCUCUCCGCAUGAAGGACAAUGACCUGCUGGUAACGGAGCUGUAUCACGACCCCUCCAACGACGCCAUCACCGCCCUCAGCGUAUACCUCACGCCGAAAACCAGUGUGAGUGGUAACUGGAUUGAGAUAGCGUACGGCACCAGUUCUGGCGCGGUGCGUGUCAUCGUGCAGCAUCCGGAGACUGUGGGCUCGGGACCUCAACUGUUCCAAACCUUCACUGUCCACCGGAGCCCCGUCAACAAGAUCAUGCUGUCGGAGAAACACCUGGUGUCAGUGUGUGCGGAUAACAACCAUGUGCGUACGUGGACGGUGACGCGUUUCCGGGGGAUGAUCUCCACGCAGCCCGGCUCCACCCCGCUGGCCUCCUUCAAGAUCCUCUCGCUGGAGGAGACGGAGAGCCACAACAGUUACUCCGCAGGAAAUGACAUCGGUCCGUUUGGGGAGCGUGAUGACCAGCAGGUCUUUAUCCAGAAGGUCAUCCCCAUCACACACAAGCUCUUCGUACGCCUCUCAUCCACCGGGAAAAGGAUCUGCGAGGUGCAGGCGGUGGACGGCACGACCAUCACGUGCUUCACGGUGCGCGAGUGCGAGGGUUCAAGCCGCAUGGGGUCACGACCCCGGCGAUACCUCUUCACCGGCCACGCCUGCGGAAGCAUCCAGAUGUGGGACCUCACCACCGCCAUGGACCUGGCCAACAAGCACGACGACAAGAGAGAAGCAGAAGUGGGCGGUCCCACUGAGGAGGAGCUUCUGAAGCUGCUGGACCAAUGUGACCUCAGCACCUCUCGCUGUGCCACGCCCAACAUUAGCCCCGCCCCCUCUGUGCUGAACCCCAAUAAGCUGAGAGAGUCCUGCUCCAGUCUGCAGCUGCAGGAGCCCAUCCCCGAGGGCGCCACCUACGGCUCCCUGCGUCCGUACCGAGAGAGCCCCCUGCUGGCCAGAGCGCGCCGCACCGAGAGCUUCAACAGCCAGCGCGGAGCAGACUUCCAGAACUUCAGCCUGGGGGGGUUCCGCAACCUGCUGGAGCCCGAGGGGGUGGGGGGCGGCGGGGCAGAGGUCACAUGUGGGGGGGACGAGCCGCGACAGUCCACGUCCGAGAGCAGCGGAGAGGAGGGGGCCAGCGAGAGGAACAGAGGAGGAGGAGGAGGAGGAGUGGUGCAGGGGGGGCUGGAGAGCUGGUGGGGGAGAUCUAGCGAUGGGGAGGGGGGCAGGGCCGGGGGGGCGGCGUUGGCGGCACCAGACAGCCCAGGGCUGGGGGACGUCAGGAGGAAGGUGCAGGUGGCAAUGGCGGGGGCGGGGGCCACGCUGGGGGACGAGGAGGUGGUGGGCGGCGAGGGGGAAGCGCCAUCAGGUGUGUCAGGGGAGAGCCGAUCGUCAGGGGAGGGGGGCAAGAAGAGGAGUGCGUUUGAGGGGGGGUUCCUGGGGAGGAAGAGGGCACCGCCCGUGCCCCAGCUGGCCUCCCCCCUGCCCCCCGGCUCUGAGGCUGGGGGGGGCGGGGGCAGUGACUCCUCCUCCAGCACCGCCUCCCCCUCCCCCACCAAGAUGUCCACGUCGCCACGACACCGCAAGGGGCCGGACACCUCGGGCCAGGAGUACGGCCUGUAAGACAGACACCUGGAGUGUGUUACAAUGUGCGGCCUUGCCUCCUCCACUUGUGCUUGUCUCCUCGUACCAGGAAGUAAUAUGUCAUGAUGACAUCACUGACAACAGCAUUAUAUUUCAAUAUCUUCCAAAAGCUCAAACGUCUUCUUCUCAUUUGCAAUUGGAAUGGUGAAUGAAAAACAGUCCCUCAAAAGUUGUUGUGGCUAGGCUGACCGCUGGGAAACUUUAUGGUUUGCUCCACGGAGGAGGGCCCAGGAGGCGGGACGAGGAGACAAGCACAAGUGGAGGAGGCAAGGUCGCAUAUUGUAACGCACACCUGGCAUCCAUGACAAAAGAAAACCCUGUGAUGCCACCUGAAGACGUGAGGCGUGCACCGAACCGAACCGCCAUGACACACCUGAAAGCACGAGACCUCUUCUAACGACACUCGGGACACACUACUUACUUUGAGACACCUGUGAAGCGCCUCGGACUAGGAGACUAGCAGGGUGUGAUGCCAGACAUCUCGGAAGACACACGUCACGUGAGCAACAUCUCCAAGUCACAUACAUUUUUUAAUGUGACACAUUGAAGACCCUUUGCUGUUUUCAGUUUGAUCAUAUCGACUAACAUUGUGUAUUUGUUGUCGUUCAAGAAGCCAUGUCCAUGUUUACAUGGUGAACGCUGUUUUUGUUUUUUUGUUUUUUUUUAAAUCCUGGGGCAGCCAUUGAGGUGACGAAGCUUAACGUUCGUUUGUUUACAUGCACAUUAUCCUUUAGCUGUCCAACUGGACUACAAGUUAGUCUCUGCCCCUUAUUCCCAUAACAUGUGGACGACUAACUGACCAGAAGGCAUAGCUAGUAACCUUUAAAAUGAAGUUUUAGAUAAUUACGUGUGCACAUUACUUUAACCCCAAGUUAAAGUAAUAGUCGUUGCAUCCUGGCCCAUAGAACCUGAUUCAUUGCGUACGUAGUAGGUCACCAAACGAAGGGUAUGACAUCUUCUCAAUUGAAAAAAAGAUACUUGACAUUUGACAGUUGAGUUGGGGUGAUGCAUGCAUCGUUGUCUAGGAUGCGGUAAUGUGCGUAAAUGACGAUCAUCAAAACGUUAGCGCUAGCAGUAGUGUGCCGUCAUCUGAUAACACUAAUACUCAUUUCACUGCUAAUGUUGGGCCUUUCCAGUGAUAGAAAGAUGGACGAAAGAUUUCAAACUUUUUUUUCUCCUUUCGAGAAUCGUGCAACACUAUUUUAUUUUUUGUCUUUUGUUGAUAUAUUGACCUUAAAGGGAAUUCCUUCACAUUGUAAUUUUUAGUGCCUUGGACCACAGUGGUAAUUGAAAUAUGUGUAUCGCAUUGUAUCAUUUUGAUUCUGUGAGCAAUCUCACCAAAGCUAAUAUGGCCGCCUUGUUUGUCCCCCCUCCUCGGUAAGGUCGCGAAUGGAAACAAAGUGUCCUAAAUAAUUGGGUCACAGACAUGGGUAUAUCGUAAACUGUUAUGUCACGGACACAAACACUGUGUUCUUUAACGGUUAGGUCACAUACUCAAGCAGUAUCCUAAACUGCCAGAUCAUGGAUGCAAAAUAUAGUAGUGUUCUGAACUGUCUCAAAUGCAGUUCUACCUUAUUGGAGAUCACAGGCUGCAAUCAAUCUACUUACUCCCAUCCUUUCCCUGUAGCCUCCUGCUUUAUGACGCGAGGCUCAAGUCAACAUCACCCAUGAUUGAAGAGUUUGUACAUGUUGAAUGGGAAAAUCCUACCUUAAAGUCAGUCUGCGCUAGGGAUGGAUAUUGGAAAGGGGUUCACGAUUCGAUGUGCAUCAUAAUACACAUGCCAUGAUACAAUACUGUCUAUCGAUAAUACUACCGUAUUAUCAGAGACUAAUCACUUAAAAAUAAUAAUAAUGAGGAUGAUUUGAGGCAGGGAAGCGCUAUCACAUAUCACGUGGUUGGUUUCUGGACUGAAGAGUAACAGAACUUUGAAAAGGCAUAUCACCAUACUGCCUCCUUGCAUCACGAUACAGUAUUGUCACUCUGCGCAUCACAAUUAUCACAAUUCGAUACAAUAUUGUUGUAUCUCUAUUAGUCUGCGCUGGUUGACAGAGGGGAAAGUACUGUAUUCUCCAGGGUGUCGAGAUGACACACAGAGAAGAUUCCAGAGGUGGUAGGAAAGGAUGGGAGGAAGGAUAUUGAUUUUCCGCCACAGUGUUCACCAACUUUUAACCCCUAACCUUAACUGAUUAUGCAAGUCCGGCCCCCUGUUUGUAAGUAGGAGGAGUCCUGGCCAUUGGCCAAUGGGAUUGCUCCUCCUCCUCCUCAUCUCUUAUGCUCUGCAUUGUUGACUUGUGAGUUACUAGAGUUACAGUGUGUUUGUGGGUCAAAGACGUCUUUGUCAUUCAGUGUUAGGGACACCUUCCGCUGACUGUAGCUGCAAAAAAACAUGAUUUUAAAAUUGUUUCAAGUGAAUGGAUGACAGCUGAGGCUUUCAUGAAUUCCCUGUAACAAUAAAUAAAUAAAAAGAGUCAUGUUUUUUAGAGUUACAGUCAGCAGAAGGCAUCCGUUACACUGAAUGACAAUGCCAGUUUGCACGUCUUUGACCCUUGUACUGUAGGUUUCACUGCAUUACACUACACUACAUUUGCAUUUGCACUUAAACAUGAAAGAGCGCGAGGUCACUCCCGCUCACCAUGGUAUCAGUUAUUCUGAUUGGCCCAUUGUAGGAUCAGUCGUUCUGGUGGGCUGUUUCCCAAAUCGGUUGCUAGAGUGCAAUUUAUCCCUUGCUAACCUGGGAUGCGUUUCUCGAGAGCAUUGCUUUUAAGUGAGUUAGUAAAUUACUCGGUUACAAUGCAAUUUCCCAUAGGCGAACUAAUAAGCAAUGAUGCUUUUGGGAAACGCA